AUGAGCACACAUGCUUCUCACAACAUGAGAUCCAAAGCAUCAUUUGAAAAUGAAACAAAGGGCACAGGGAAAGAAAGUGGGGGAGGAAGUGGUGGGAGACAAGGGAAGAUGAUGUCCUUUAACAACAAGGAGAACCUUUUCAUCUGUUUUCUUGUGACCCUUUGGUAUUCAUCAAACAUUGGUGUGAUCCUUCUCAACAAGUACCUUCUUUCAAAUUAUGGGUUCAAGUUCCCAAUCUUCCUCACAAUGUGUCACAUGUCUGCCUGUGCUGUUCUCAGCUAUGUCUCUAUUGUGUUCUUCAAGGUUGUGCCUCAACAGAUGAUCAAAUCAAGGUCCCAGUUCAUAAAGAUUGCAACUUUGAGCAUUGUUUUUUGUGGGUCUGUUGUGGGGGGUAACAUCUCCCUCAGGUACCUUGCUGUUUCCUUUAACCAAGCUGUGGGUGCAACCACACCUUUCUUCACUGCUGUGUUUGCCUAUUUGGCUACCCUUAAACGAGAAGCUUGGGUCACAUAUGGUGCUCUUGUCCCUGUUGUUGCUGGGGUUGUGAUUGCUAGUGGGGGCGAGCCAGGCUUUCACUUAUUUGGAUUCAUUAUGUGUCUAAGUGCAACUGCUGCAAGAGCUUUCAAGUCUGUUCUUCAGAGCAUUUUACUUUCUUCUGAAGGGGAAAAGUUGAACUCAAUGAACUUGCUGCUGUAUAUGUCUCCAAUCGCGGUCCUAGUUCUGUUGCCUGCAGCGCUUAUCAUGGAGCCAAAUGUUGUAGAUGUCACAAUAUCCCUUGGAAGGGACAAUAAAUCUAUGUGGCUACUUCUUUUGCUUAAUUCAGUCACAGCAUAUGCAGCAAACUUAACAAACUUCUUGGUGACUAAACAUACAAGUGCUCUGACACUCCAGGUAUUAGGCAAUGCAAAAGGUGCUGUAGCUGUUGUAAUCUCAAUACUCCUAUUCAGAAACCCUGUCACUUUUAUUGGCAUGGGUGGCUACACAAUUACUGUAAUGGGAGUAGCUGCAUAUGGAGAAACCAAAAGGAGGUUAAGAUGAACAAUCAAUCUCUUACAUUCACCGAUUGUCAUAUUCUUGUAUUUUAUUGUAGUUUAUUUAUAUGAACAAGAUUAUUUGAAACGUGAUUAGGACUUAGGAGUAGGGGCGAGGGAAGUGAUUUUAUCACGUUAUUCUGUUGUAUCUACCACAUAAACAUUUAUUUACUACUCGUACAUUUUGUCCCAAGUAAAAGUACCGAUAAUUUUUUUGGAAUGAGUUGAAGUAUAAGAAAUUAUGGUUUAG